CUAUCCAAACGAGCUCAAAAUCUAUCGUUGAGACGUGGAUGCAAUAUGUUGAAUUCGAGAACCCUUUACUUGCACAUUUACAGAAAUUGUAGGGUGAUUAUGCAAUUUAUGGAACUUUCUUUCGUCAUUCUAAAACUGAAACCCCGCUAAAGCCCUAAACACUGACCAAGUUCGCCAAAAUUGUCAUCGGAAAAUGCAAGUGAAUCGCCGGAUAUUGCGAGCCCUAACCGGAAUAACAUAUCGAUUUUACCAUUCCGACAAGCGGAAGAAGGUGAGCCUCUACUCAAAAAUUAGUCCACUGGGAAACCCUAGCUGUAGCGUAACCAAUGAGCUUGAUGAAUGGGUUUGUAAGGGCAAUAAAGUCAGAUUCGCUGAGCUUAAACGCAUCAUUCUUGAUCUUCGCAAACGUAAACGCUUCAAUCAGGCCUUGGAGGCUUCCGAGUGGUUGAAGAGUUCUGGUAUUUUCACUUUUUCAUCAAUCGAGCAUGCAUUACAACUGGAUCUGAUUGGUAAGGUUCAUGGGUUUCUUGCUGCAGAAAUCUACUUCAAUAACUUGAGCAAAGAAGAUAAGAAUGAUAAAACAUAUGGUGCUCUUCUACAUUGUUAUGUUCGGCAGUGCCAAAUGGAUAAGGCAUUGAUACAUUUGCGGAAGAUGGAGGAGGAGGGUGUACCUCUAUCUUCCGUGGCCUUCAAUGAUAUAAUGUCGCUGUACACAAAAACUGGUGAAUAUGAAAGGAUCCCUGAAAUGCUACUCCAUAUGAAGGAAAUUGGGAUUCGUCCUGACAAUUUAAGUUACAGAAUCUGUAUCAAUUCGUAUGGAGCAAGAUCAGAUAUUGAGGGGAUGGAGCGGGUCUUAAAUGAAAUGGAGAACCAAUCCUUCAUUGUCAUGGACUGGAACACCUAUGCUGCUGUGGCAAAUAUAUAUGUUAAAGCAGGCCUAAAUGAUAAAGCAAACAGUUUCCUCAAAAAAGCGGAGGAGAAGAUAGAUAAUAAAGAAGGGCUUGGGUAUAAUUACCUCAUCUCUGUACAUUCUAGACUAGGAAACAAAGAUGAAGUCAUAAGAUUAUGGUUUCUUGAGAAGAGCGCUCUAAAGAGGUGCAUAAAUCGGGAUUACAUAAAUAUGUUAGAAGCUCUAGUGAGACUUGAUGCACUUGAAGAAGCAGAGCAGUUGCUCAAGGAGUGGGAGACAUCCGAUAACUGUUAUGAUAUCCGAGUGCCAUACAUAGUCAUUAUAGGGUAUAUUGAUAAAAAGCUAUAUGAAAAGGCAGAGACAAUGCUUGAAGAUUUAUCUACGAAAGGGAAGAUUCUAACACCAAAUAUUUGGGGAAGACUGGCAUCAGGCUACCUAGAUAAAGAUAAGUUUGAGAGGGCUGUGAAAUGCAUGAAAGUUGCUCUUUCCUUGAAGAAGGAUAGUAAAGGAUGGAAGCCUGAUCCUAAGGUCAUCAUGAGAAUAUUCAGUUUGUUUGGUGAGAAUGGCAGUGUGAAUGACGCUGGAUCAUUUUUGCAGUCACUGAGGCCCGUUGUCUCCAUAAACAGAGAGAUGUAUCAUGUCUUACUAAAAACAUAUGUAGCAAGUGGUGAAGAAGUUGAAAAACUUUUAAGCACUAUGCGAGAUGAUAACAUUGAUGAAAAUGAAGAAACAAAAGUGAUACUUAGAAUGCAACCAAUGAGAUUCUAACAUUUGAAUAUUCUGUAUGAAUUUCCUCAAAUGCUAAUGCUAUGUAACUCUGUGUCUAGUGUUGGACAUGUGUUUGUGUGUGAAAAACACGUGUGUCCAGGUUUGCCACGAUCAUAACGGUUUAUGCCGGUCCUUUGUUGUUCCUCCUUCUGUUGCUUCCCAUAGAAUUCUGAGGGGACUGGGACGUCUUGCUCUUUUUUCCUCGCCUCAUUAUGUUGUCCAUUCCCUUUAAAAUCACUGCCAAGUCUUCCUGAUUUUCUUCAUCAUCAUGUAAUUCAUUUUCUAUAUCAUCAAGAAAGGUUUUGAAUGUAACACUUAAAUCUCCUUUCUUCCCGUCCUGGCGUUUGAAAAUGAGUCUUCUCCAAAGCAAUAAGAAUGUUCCGAAGUUCAUCAUAUGACAUUUGAUCCAGUUAUUCAUCUUCAAUUGCAAUGACAUAAGGUCUCCACACACUAUGCUAACUCCUCAGAAUUUUCCAGACUAGGUGACCGACCAUCCUAAAGCCCUGUGAUCUCCAAGAAUUUUAUUAAAUCUCCGGAACAUGUCUUUAAUAGUUUCAUCUUCCUUCAUCUCAAAUAACACAAACUCGUGAACCGGAAGAUCCAUCUUGUCAUCCUUUAGUUUCUUUGUACCUUCAUGGAUUAUCUCCAACUUGUCCCAGCUUUCCUUUGCAGUUUCACAACUUGAGAUGUGUUCGAACUCAUCCAUGCUCAAAGCACAAAUAAGUAUGUGCUUAGCUCUAGCGUUGGUUUGGAGGCCAUACAUUUGUUCUCUGGUGUAUUCAGCAGAUGCCUCAUCUACGUGUUUGUUUCCCUCCUCAUCGCCAGGAACUGGUUAUGGUCCGUCCUGUAUGAUGAGCCCUGAUUGAUAAUCAACUGAUUGCACAUACAUUCUCAUUCUGGUCUUCCAGUGGCAAUAAUGUUUUCCGUCAAAGUAUGGUGGCCUCGAGUCUUCUGCCUGAAGGAAUGCACCUGGCAUUUGAUGACCGGUCAUUGGUCUUCGAGUCUUUGUUGGUUUUCACUAUAGCACCAGUUUUUUUUCACUACUCAAGGUACAACAACAAUAACAACAAACCCAGUAUAUUCCCACCUAGUGGAGUCUAGGGAGGAUAAAAUGUAUGCAGUCCAUACCACUACCCCGAAGAGGUAGAGAGGCUGUUUACUUUUACUAUUCAAGGUAAAGGUGUGUAUAUUAUUUUUCAGAUUUUCCAAUCUUGGACUGCCUGCAAUUCUUCCUUAAAUGUCCUCGUAUGAGUAUUCCUUGACUUUGGACCUUGCGGAGACUAUUACUUGGUUUCAAUUUUACACUAAUUCAAUAAAUACAUGCUUCACGUGCACUUUUAUCAC